AUGGGCCUCUUUGGAUUCGGCGUGGACAGCACCGAUGGAGUGCUUGGAUCCCUAGAGACCUUUUCUGUGGCAUUCUCGGAUUUGUGGAUUUACCGAUGCGUAAAAGUUCCGCCACCGGAACAUAGAAAGGGCGUUGGCCGUGACGACCAAUGGAUUAUCGUUGGUAACGCUACCAAUACUUCGCUGGUGUCUGAGUUAUUCGACCAGAAUGUGACGUCCACAAGCUUGGAAGCCACCAGGAAAGACGUUACGUCGACUGCGUCUAAUGAAGGCAAGGACGGUUCCACAGCGACCACGUCAGCAUCGGCGGAGAGAGCUAUACAAGAUUCUGAACUUGUGACGGAAGGUACAUUGUCCACAAAGGUUGCGGAAGACAGGGCUGUUUUCUUCUCCGAUGUUCCCAGCACUGCUGUGCCGCCCACUACAUCAGACGUCGUGCAAGAGAUGGUGCCGACAACAGCGUCGCCAGAACAGCGUGCAGAUGAUUCUGAGCACAGCACCGAAGUCUUCCCGUCUACAAUGGUUCCAGCCGAGCGGGCAGUAUUCUUCUCCGAUGUUCCCAGCAGCGCCGUGCCGCCCACAACAUCAGACGUCGUGCAAGAGAUGGUGCCGACAACAGCGUCGCCAGAACAGCGUGCAGAUGAUUCUGAACACAGCACCGAAGUCUACUCGUCUACAAUGGUUCCAGCCGAACGAGCAGUAUUCUUCUCCGAUGUUCCCAGCAGCGCCGUGCCGCCCACAACAUCAGACGUCGUGCAAGAGAUGGUGCCGACAACAGCGUCGCCAGAACAGCGUGCAGAUGAUUCUGAACACAGCACCGAAGUCUACUCGUCUACAAUGGUUCCAGCCGAGCGGGCAGUAUUCUUCUCCGAUGUUCCCAGCAGCGCCGUGCCGCCCACAACAUCAGACGUCGUGCAAGAGAUGGUGCCGACAACAGCGUCGCCAGAACAGCGUGCAGAUGAUUCUGAGCACAGCACCGAAGUCUACUCGUCUACAAUGGUUCCAGCCGAGCGGGCGGUAUUCUUCUCCGACGUUCCCACCAGCGCCGCGCCUCCCACAACAUCAGACGUCGUGCAAGAGAUGGUGCCGACAACAGCGUCGCCAGAACAGCGUGCAGAUGAUUCUGAGCACAGCACCGAAGUCUUCCCGUCUACAAUGGUUCCAGCCGAACGGGCAGUGUUCUUCUCCGAUGUUCCCAGCAGCGCCGUGCCGCCCACAACAUCAGACGUCGUGCAAGAAAUGGUGCCAACAACAGCGUCGCCAGAACAGCGUGCAGAUGAUUCUGAACACAGCACCGAAGUCUACUCGUCUACAAUGGUUCCAGCCGAGCGGGCAGUAUUCUUCUCCGAUGUUCCCAGCAGCGCCGUGCCGCCCACAACAUCAGACGUCGUGCAAGAGAUGGUGCCAACAACAGCGUCGCCAGAACAGCGUGCAGAUGAUUCUGAGCCCACCGUGGAAAGCUACUCAUCUACGAUGGUUCCACAUGAGCGAGCAGUAUUUGCCUCCGAAACCCCACGCUACAACAACACGCCCACAACGACUGAAGGCAUGGAAGGUGCUCUCUCCCGCGCUGACUAUGGAUUUGAACCGCUGACAACGACAGAACAGGAAAUGCCGCCAGCCGCGGUGACCACGGAGAUGGGGCACACCAGUGAGCCUACAAGCACUGAAGCUGAUUCUAGUGCCUCAAAAGCCACAUCCUUACAAGAGGUGAAGGACAUAAAAUUCAGGUACGCUGAGAUCACCACGGAUCAGUUUAUUGGCGAUGAUAUGCUUGAGGACAUUCCUCAGAGACGUACCCGGCGUCCUUUGACUACCGCAGUACAUGAUGGUGUGAUUUUCAGAGCGGCCGAUGUCACGCUGCCUGCAGGAGUCCCAGAUGUUGCCACCACAGAGGUUCCCAGCGCACCACAGUCUGUAGCCACAGAAAGUCAGACGACGCAUCACAUGGCUGAUACGUCCGUAAGUCCCCUGGCUCUAGUGGAAAGAGCUGCAGUACCGACGUCCCCAAUCCCGCUGUUCGGCAAAAUGAUGCAGUCGUCCAAGGCGUCAGCUGUCACCGCAGGUUCACCUACAACUGCCGAUCGAGUGACAGCAAAUAGUGUGGGGCCCGUAACAGAACUGCCACUGUCACCGUCGACCGCAGCAGCACAGCGUGAUCUACAUUUCGAGAUCACUUCUCAAGAGACCACGGCUACAGAAGCACCAAGCAAGGCAACAAUCAACAUGACUCAGGCAAGUCCCACUUCCACCAUCCAAAGUGAAGGACCAAGCCCUGCAGCAUCUACAGCGAUGGUCUCUAGAGAUGGUGUCUUCGACGCAACUACCAAGACUGCAGAAGCACUAGUUGACCGCGUUGCGGUCACUACCGAAGUCGCAGCCGCCGCCACGUCGACGACGGAAUCCCCUGCAGUUCAUACAGAGGCCCCUACACGACAAGCAACCACGAUUCCAAGCGCGGCUUCUGAGUUCUCAACCACAGCGCCCAGAGGGCGGGAUGUCGAAGGGAGUGGCCUAACAACAGAGCAGUCCGCUUCAUCGCUAGAAGAGAGGGCAGGUUCCGAAGUCACGACGGCUACAGGCAUUACCACAGAGACCGACUCCGGUGCUGCCUCACUUGGCCAGAGCGUCAUAAACAAGGACUCAACGUUCUUCACCGAAAUGUCCAGCGUUUCCACAUUUCCAGCCGAAUCCUCUGCUGCGCCGAGCGAGGAAAGUGUCAUGGCUCGGUCCCCGUUGCCCGAACGAAUAACCACGACGACGCAGUCCGUUUCAUCUCCAGAAGAGAGGACAAGUUCGGAAGCCACGACAGCUACAGGUCUUCCGACAGAGACCACCACCCACGCUGGUGUUGCGCCACUUGGCGAGAGCGUCACAACAGGGGACGCAACGUUCUUCACUACCGUUUCCACAUUUCCAGCUGAAUCUUCUACUGCUUCAAGCGAGGAAAGUCUCAUUGCUCGGUCUCCGCUACCUGAACGAAUAACCACGACGACCUCAUUGGCCACUGAGCAGAGCAACGACCAACUAGAGUUCACCUCCACCCCAAUGACUAGUCUGGGAUCUCAAACAACAGCUCCGAGCGCAGUUGACAAACCAGCUCCCGAGCAAGGCGCCUCGCCACCUCUCCAGCUUGUGCCUUCGCAACCGACCAAGGAGUUUUCCUGCCGGGGCCGUCGUAACGGAUAUUACGGAGACUCGCAGGACUGCAAUGUCUUCUACGUAUGUCACAGCAUCUGGCUGCCCCUCGGAGCUCUCCAGAAGAAGAUGGACUUCCGGUGCCCUCCACAACUAGUCUUCGACCAGAGGUGUAACGACAGUGGAGUAAAAGUGUCAGGCAUGCAGUAUGGGAGUAUAGCGUUGGCAUGGGAGACUGCUGAGUGA